AAUAAAUAAAUAAAAACACACAAAAAUCCCUGUCCAUUUAUUCCAUUACGAAAUCGUGCAAACCACAACAGCAAUUCCAGUUUGUCUCAGGCAGGGUUACAUAUAAUAAUUUUCUUGAAGGUACAUUGUCUGAAACAGAAUCCAUUAAUGAAAAACAAAAACCAAAAAAAAAAUGGAAACCAGAGACGAAAAACCAUACGAUCAUUUUCCAGACGAAACAUUGCUCGAAAUUCUUGUCAAACUCCCCGCCAAAUCGAUCUUCCGAUUCAAAUGUGUCUCCAAGAAUUGGCUCUCUCUGAUUUCCGAACCUUCGUUUUUUACUCGUUACAUAAAUUCGCGGUACGAUUCGCCUCCCUUUUCGCUCGUUUUCCAGUGUAGUAACACCGCCAGAGCACAUUUCUUCAUUUCCACCGAGAAAAAUACGUUAAAAUAUCUCACUUCGCUACACGAUCAAAUUCCGCCCUUGAAAAUCGAAUCAACGAACAACGACUUGAUUCUGUAUCGAUCAGAGAAUUCUCAUCAGCCCGUGUAUUUUUUAGCCAACCCUUUCACAAAGCAAUUUGUAUCGCUUCCAAUGCAUAGCACGAGAAGAAGUUCUGGCCCCACAGGAUUGAUUUCCAAUGUCGAAGAUGGAAUCACAAGUUACAAUGUCGUACGAGUAAUAAUUAAAUCCUCUCUAAAUCUCGAGAUAUUUUCUUCCGAGAGAGGAGAGUGGAUGAAUUUUAAGGCUGUGAUAAAUAAUUGCACGUCUAAAGUGGAAUUCGAUGCAAGACCGUGCGUUGUGUUCAGAGGGGUUCUUCAUUGGAUUUGCAAUAAAAUGACAGCCCUUUUGACUUAUGAUCCUCGCAGCAAAAAUUACGGUUUUUGCCGGUUCAUAAGCGUGCCAAACGGGGCCUACCAUAUGAACGGAAAGAACGCGGUUUUGGGGGUCUCGGGUGGAAAAUUGUGCUAUUUUGAAAUGAAUGGAAUCUCUGUUCAAGAUUAUAAUUUGCCUGCAUGGAAAUUGUGGGUGAUGAAAGACUACGAGAGAGGGGAAUGGAGUUUGGAUCGGGAGUCGGGAGAGAGAAAGAUCGACUCUUUCGGGUUUUUAUGUAAUUUGCUUUCGAGUUAUAGUCCCCUCUUUCCGGUGGCGUUUCAUCCGUGGAAUAGCGACGUAGUGUACUUUUGGCACGAGGGUUAUAUCUUGAAUUUUAGUAUUAAGACUGGGUGGUUCGACGAAGAUGUGUUUUCGACUUUUUGUAUGCUUUCGGCGUGGGAAAAUUUUCCUCUGUUAAUGCCUCUAUGUUCAAGUAAGAUAUAA